CAGUGAUAUUUGGAAGUGGACUGGAGCUAAACUUAGCCCUGACAGAAGGCUCGUCAUCACAACAUACUCAACACACCACAGCGGGUUACAAUGGACAGUGUCCCGUUACCACAGAGGCUGCUGUAUCUCACUGGUGUCACCGGCCAACCAAGAUGUAGACUUAAAGACUGCAGGCUUUUCUUUCUUUCACUCUCUACACUUGUAUUCCUCUCUGUCACGAUGGGCAGCUAUAGCUCAGCCCUCAUUCCUGACACUGAAGAGUUUGAUUCAGUUGUGUCGAUGGCAGAGAAGCUGAAUGAGCAGGUAGCUCAUGCUGCAGAUGAGAGGUUACAGUCAGAGCUUCAGACUCUGGUAACACUCAUGAUGGAGGAGGAAAAAAAAGAAAACCAGUGUGAGGAGCCGGAUUCUUUAACACGUCAAGAAAACGCUCCGGAACCAAGCCACAAUGGGUCUGCCCUGCCUGCAGCAGCAUCCAAAAGUGUUCCCAUGCAGUCCUUCAUCUCCCUGUUACCCGAGGCUCUCUCUGCUGUACUACAUCCGACGCUGCCCCCACACAUCAACUCCGACCCCCAGCCGAGCAGAAAUCCACCGAGCCUGCAACAGCUGCAGACAGAUCUGAGAGACCUGAGGGACCAGUUUGAACUGAUGAAGAGUCAGCACAACAAAGAAAUUAAACUGCUGAUGAAUGAGCUUGAUGAGGAGAAAAGGAUUCGCUUGACUUUACAGAUGGAAAUUCAACGUAUGAAGAAGCACAUGUCUAAAUGAGUGGAGAACUUCACCAUCGUUAAAGACAGUGAAAUAAAUGUUUUUCUAAGAUAAAAAAAUAAUCAUCCUCGCUCCUUUUUGAUGAAAAGUAUAUUAGCCAAGAGGACUGCAUGUUUUUACUGAGUCAUUGCUGAAAAUUGGUGCGGUACAGUGGGAUUAGACUGGAUAUAAGAGAAGAAUAUCUGUUGACUGUUCCCACAGGAAAUGAGCAGUAGAAGGCCCUGUUAUACAUUCAAUUUGUUUUAUUUCUGUAGUUGGACUUAAAAACUAUGAAAUCUUAAAUCCUGUAGUGGGGUACAGGGGCGUAACACAAAAUUCUGGGCCGCCUAGAAAGGCACUUUGUACGGGCCCCUCCCUGCAUCCACAGCUAUUCAUUCUAGCAUCUUUUUGGGCCCUC